AGGUUACUAUCUCCAGUGAUUUACGUUGUCUGUAUACAUUGAUAAAAAGACAUUGAUACGUAAAGGACAGAAGAAGAACCAAGGACACCUCAUCUGGAUCUAACUGGUGAUAGACAGUGUCAAACGGAAUCAUACAUUUUUCAUUGCAAGGGACAACGAGAAAUUCUUAUUUGAUCGAGAAAGAGCAAAAAUGUCAUUUUGAAACAAAGGUGAGACAUUAACUUAAAAAACAGCUUUAACGUCCUAAUAUUCCCUUUAGAAGAAACGGGUCAAUCGGUCCAUUUCUCAGAAAUCGCUGCAUUCUCGCGUUUGUCUUUCACAAAACCAUUGGUAACUGAUUCACUGAUGCUGACAUGAAGUCAUCUUUAUUCUCUCUGCUGCUUUACAGAAUACCGAAAGUUUUCUGUAGAAAGGUUUCCUUUCUCAUGAGUCUCUCAAUACUAUGCAUUAUUGUUUAUGUCGGUAUCAGUUGGCUACAUGACGAAUCCUAUAACCAGACCAUAGCCAAGGUUCUCCCCGAGAACACUCGCGUCUCAGCCUGCGUUUUGCCUGACCUGAAAAUACUUGCACCAGGAAUAAUGUCGUUUAUAACGAAAACUGCUCCUGUGCAGUGUAGCCGUGCUGCAGAAACGAACUGGGUCUACGUUGAAAACGGAACAUAUCGCAUUUCUCGAAAGGCCCGCCAAAGACACACCAAAAUACAUUGUUUUUACGUCCCAAUACUGCGAGGUAUUGAUGACUACACCGUGCGCUUGGGAAGUAAAACAGACUUCACUGAUGGAGAUCCAUUAAAGUUUGAUUUUUCUGAAGUACACUGUACCUCUCCAACCACCGGAGAGAAUUACACAAACUUAGUGUCUGGGAUAGCGUACAAUGCAUCACUUUUCGCACGUGUCAACAGCACGCCAAGGGGGAGGAACGCAAUGGGUUUAACUGUUCUGAUGAUAGGCUACGAUGGCGUUUCUCGUCUAACUUGGAUGCGCCACCUGCCCAAGACCUAUCAGUAUUUCACCAAGAACCUGAAGGGAACUGUUCUUGAAGGAUACAACAUCGUUGGUGACGGUACCACACAGGCUUUUCUCCCUAUCCUUACGGGCCUCACUGAAGAGGAGCUUCCGGAAUCCAGGCGCGGAAGGCCUGGCGCUGUGUCUGUUGAUGGAUUCCCAUUUGUUUGGAAGGAUUUCAAAAGGCAUGGCUAUAUCACUCAGUGGGUUGAGGAUGAACCCACCAUUGGGACGUUUCAUUAUAGAUUGCUUGGGUUUAAUGAAACACCUACAGACUACAACAUGCGUGUAUUCUACUUGAGAAAAAGGGAGAUAUCAAACAUGUUUCAGAGCUUUUGUCUUGGUUCCAUGUCCAACCAUCUUAACCAGUUGAACUGGCUCAAAGAAGCCUUUGUGCUGUACCCAGACAAACCAAAAUUCGUCCUCGGGUUUCAUAACGAAUACAGCCACAAUAGUCAGUACACAACACUUCAAAACGCUGAUGAUGAACUUACCAAGUUUUUAAAGUACCUAGAAAAAGAUGGCCAUCUUGACUCAACUGUGCUUAUUUUAAUGUCAGAUCACGGCUGUCGUUUUGGAAAAUUGCGAGAGACCUUUCAAGGAAAGUUGGAAGAACGCUUGCCGUUCUUUUCAUUUCGUUUUCCGGAGAAAUUUCAAAAGCUUUAUCCCGAGGCUUAUACAAAUUUUCUAAUCAAUGCGAAACGCCUGACAUCCCCGUUUGAUAUUCACGCCACUUUUAUGGACAUGUUGAAUUAUAAGCAGUCAGAAACUGAGGCAGGCGGGAAACUAAAACGCGGCAUCAGUCUAUUUGAAGAGAUUCCCCUUGAGCGGACAUGCGCAGAUGCGGGGAUAGAGCCUCAUUGGUGCGCGUGUCAAAAGUGGGAAAGACUUAACAUUAGUGAUCCGGAUGUCACUGAGGCUACGCACGAAGUUGUGUCAACAAUCAACAAGAUGACCAAAGAGAAAAGAGAUAAAUGUUCACGCCUGACAUUAGGAAGAGUAAUUUCCGCGAUCAAAAUGUCCCCAGAUAAUGCGAAAGUAUUGACAUUUGAGAAGUCCGCUGAUCAAGAUGGCCGAGUGCCCAAAUUUUUUAUCGAGGAGAAGGCUUUCGCGGGAAAUGGCUUUUUCUAUCAAGUUACCGUAGAAACUCAACCAGGGCUCGGACGUUUCGAGGCUACGGUUUACCAAAGUCACAAAGAAAAAACUUUCAAGUGCAGUGACAGAUCCAUCAGUAGAAUAAACGUGUAUGGAGAGCAACCACACUGCAUAAUGAAUGCUCUCCCACAUCUCCGACCUUACUGUUACUGCAAAUUGCAAAGGAAAUCGUAAAACAGAUUGGGUACUCCUAAUUUCGAUCAUAACGGAUCAUGUUUAUUGAAAUUGCCGACAGUAGGUGUUUCCCGUAGAAGUUCUCGAACAGGAAGGGUGUUUGGGAAAUCGCGAUCUUUAUUAAGUCUGGAACGUUUGUUUUAUUCAUGCCGUUAAAGACCACAGAUUCUCUCCAGAAACACUAACGUACAUAUAAUAGUAAUAGUUUGAAUGAGCGAAUGUGUAACAAACGCUUUUUAAAUAAUUUUAAGGACAUAUUAUGAUUCUAUACGUCAACAGAUGCUUAAAUUAGAAUAUGCAGGAGCAAUACAGUAUUAAUUUUUCUUGCGAAUUGAGAAUUAUAUGCUUGUUUAUCUAAAUCAGGCCGGUUCCGUCAAAAUCGUAAUCCUGAAAGAAUGCCCUGCACUGUGUCAGUACGGCCGUGGUAAAUGAAAUAUAGAAAGAAACGAGUUUUAAUUUCAUUCUUCCACUUACACUUUGAACGCUUGCUUUAUCAGACAAACUUGAACUGCAGAUAAAGGGGGCGUAAAAUAUGGAGUUGAAUACAUAGUUAUAUC